AUGGACCACGUGCUACAGAUCACUUUGGUGGGCGGCGGCGUGGGCGCUGCUGGUCUGGCAGCCCUUUACGUGUGGGCUCAACAGCUACAUCACAGUCUUGUUCAGCAAGUGAAGCACAAGUCCGUCACGACGAAGGAACUGAAAGGAAUGCGGGACCGUGGUGAGCUCGAAACGCUGUCUCCGCAUCUCACGCGCGAUCUCGAAGAUUAUAAAAUCAUAUACGACAUCGACGAGAGGUCCAGCAACUCUGUAGCAUUUCCAGCCCGAGAGAGGCUAGACAAACUCUUCACCCAGCUCCUUCGCCGCAACAUGAGCCUCUUCGCACGCUUCCCGCAGAGCUGGACGCUAUGGCUCAUCGCCAAGAGUCCAGAGCAACGCGAGUCCUUCUCCCAAGCCCAUAUCAAAGCUCUGAAUUUCCGGGAGGACGACGUCUUCUGUGGCUUCUACCGCGUGGUCAAGCGUACGUCGGGCAGGGUGGAGAUUGGCAUGGCAAUCCCAGCCCAGCAGCCGCCGAUAGAAGGUCGCCUUAUUAUCAGCCUGAGAGAGCAAGAAGGUGGUACUGCGAUGAGGACGGAGACUCUGCAGUGGACGGAGGCCAGAAGUGGUGCGGUGUUGCCGCUUGACCGGCGACCGAUUCGGUUUAUGCAUGAGGUGGCGAGCUGGUGGUUGCUGGUGACUGGCGUGGAGUAUCUUGAGAAGAUCAGCUCGGAGAUUUAA